AUGAGAACAGUCCCCUUCAUUUUGAAUUUAAUAAUAAAAUUAAUGAUAAAUUUUAAGUUUGAAUUUAUUAGUUUAACUCCGCACGCAGUAUGGGGAAAACUUACAAGGUGGUAAUGAUCCGCCACGGCGAGUCCACGUGGAACCAGGAAAACCGGUUCUGUGGCUGGUUUGAUGCGGGACUGAGCCCUAAAGGCAUGAAUGAGGCCAAGGCUGGAGGCAAGGCAUUGAAGGAUGCUGGCUACACCUUUGAUGCUGCACAUACAUCUGUUCUGCAGCGUGCACAAAUCACUCUAAAAACUGUUCUUGAGGAAAUAGGUAAAGAAUGA